AUGGACGAACUGCUCAACGGAACGCUGCGGAGCAUACCGUACGACGAGGCACAACACUGGGACGCCAAUGUUACUUCCGGUUUGCCAGAGAUGGGAACAUCGACCGACGGUAGUGACUUCCCGGACGAAACCAGCAGGUUUUCCCGAGGACUCCUCACAUUUGCAGCCACGGCCACCAUGAUGAUUAUGAUAACAGGAAUCUUGGGAAACCUACUCACCAUUGUGGCCUUACUAAGAUGUCCCAAAGUACGGAACGUCGCGGCCGCAUUUAUUAUAAGCCUAUGCAUCGCGGACUGCCUGUUUUGCUUAAUCGUACUGCCGUUCAACUUCGUGCGCUUCAUUCAAGGCACGUCAAACCUUCGCAAAACGCUAUGCACACUGGUAACGUUUAUGCAGUAUGGCAGUGUCGGUGUUUCGUUGCUUUGCAUCACCAUGAUCAGCAUCAACCGCUACAUCAUGAUCGCCCACUACAGCAUCUACCCGAAGGUGUACAAGACAUCCUGGAUCAUUGUGAUGAUCGUGGCCUGCUGGCUGUUUUCCUACGGCUUUCAGCUGCCAACGCUCUUCGGUGUUUGGGGCAAGUUUGGGUACAAUCCCCAGCUGGGCUCGUGCUCCAUCCUGCCGGAUGAUGAAGGGCGUAGCAGCAAAACGGCCAUGUUCAUCAUAGCCUUCAUCAUUCCGUGCAUCAUCAUCGUGGUGUGUUACAGUCGCAUCUUUUGCGUCGUACACAAAUCGGACAAGCGGAUGAAGAACCAUUCCAAAUCGCAAUGCAACAUUCCAAACAACCUUCGCUCAGCGGUUGAUCCAGCGGCUCCACUUUCGGGCGGAAGUUCCAGUUCUGCUAAUAACAACUCCAUCAGCUACACGGCCAGUUCCUCGGCCGUGAAAGUCGCCGGUACACGACCUGGACCCAACGACACCCGGGACGCGAAGGCCAAACGCAACGAGUGGCGCAUCACGAAGAUGGUCCUUGCGAUCUUCCUGUCGUUCGUUAUGUGCUACCUGCCGAUCACGAUAUCGAAGAUCGUCGAUAAGAACGUGUCCCUGCCGCCGUUGCAUAUCUUCGGUUACAUUAUGCUGUACCUGUCCGCGUGCAUCAAUCCCAUCAUCUACGUGAUCAUGAACAAGCAGUACCGGCAGGCGUACAAAACCGUGAUCUUCUGCAGGCCGUCUCGGUUGCUUGGGUUCACGCAUGGUGGUAGCAGUGUUGGAGAGAAAUGGAAAGACAUAGGGUACAGCUACAACCACAGUCGUACCAUGGUGUCGCAAGUUUCAAUAGCCGAACCAGAGUCGCCCCCAUCCAGCCGGCUGCGCCAAGAUUCGCCGCACCCACAACAUUUAGUCGCCAUUCAAGAUAGUUAGACCGUACAAGAUCAUAUAGGAUGGCUCUUCAUCGCUCAUACCCAGACUGAAAAGCAUACCCUUUCUUUCAAAAGAUAGAAAUAGCAACAAAUGACGAGUCCACGAAGUAUGAAUCCUCGUUGGAACACAAGAAAACUAUGCUGGACGACGAUCAACAACUGCGCGAUUAUCAUUUUGUGCGUUACAAAAUUAAAACAAAUCCAAUGCACUACAAAUCCAGCAUGAAACAUCAUCAUUCUCUACUAUAACAACUAAUAUUAAGGUUAUACAAGCCCAAGUCAAAACAUUCACGAUGCCAAAAUAGGUUAACAAAGUCUGCAACUGCAACGCAGAGCAAAUUAUUUCUAGGAAUUGUGGUUAAAAGAAAAUUAAAACAGAAUAGAAACAGCUCGAUUGUUUUUAAUUCGUAAGCCAAAGUCUUUGAAUAUAGUAUCUUAGUUCUCCUGGUAGGUCCUGUUGGUUUUGCAUCACAUAUGACUAGGAAGCAUGUUAUAACUCCAAAUGUCCUGCAAAGCUCAAAUGCAGAACUACUGCGUUUACAGUUCACAAGAUUACAUUUCCGUAAUCACCAUCGAUUCUUGUUAUGCUCUACAGUUAGCUGGUAAGAUUAAAUUAUUCACAUGUAGUUCGGAUAAAACACUGUUUCUUAUGCGACUGUUUUUGUCAUUGCUUUUCUCAUUAUUAUACACUGUACAAACAACGUGAAUAAUGAACGCUAUUAACGAGAAGAGUUGCGAGGUUUAUUAGUAAGCAAAAUCGUUCUGAAUAAAAGUAACAUUGUGUAAGAAACUGUAGUGAACUUUGUAUGAAACUGUGGAGUACAGUAAAGAACUAUUCAUCGUCUUCUGGUAAAGGUGUGCGAUUCGGAGCCGGCACGACGAAGGCAGACAACGCAAUAAUCAAAAUAAUUCUCAAAAA